UGCACUUCGUACCAGCGCCUGGGCAUAGAACAUACUUUGUCUUGUCUCCCAAUUCCCCGGCAUAUCUCACGAUCAGCUGUCGAAGAACUCGUUUGCAACAUGACAACAAGCGCAGAAUUACGUGACAAGGCAUCCAUUUGGUUGUCUCAGACCCUCACCACAGACCAGCGGCCGGUGACAUACCGCGAGCUGGCGCGUGAACUGCGUGUCCACGUCCACACAGCGAAGAACCUGCUGAGCGAAUACAUCUCGUCGCAUGACGCUGUGCCAACCUUCCUCGUGACCGGCCUGCUGCUGGCUCACUCAACCCUGGGGCAAACCCAGACAACCCUCAGUCAAGAGGCGCCACCGACACAGAGUCUCGCGCAUCUUUCCGCGACGCAAAAGGUUCGCAUCGUGAACAUGGACGAGCAGAGCGACGAUGGCAAUUCAGAGGCGGGCGCGGACGAGAUCGAAGAGUUGGAGGAGGGUGCUGUCGCGAUCGAGGAGGACGCCGAGUCGCAGCAGAAACGUCUCGGGGAAGGAGUCGCACGCUGGGGUGUCGUACUAGUGGGCCAAGAUCAGCUAGAUGAAAAGCGUCAACUGUUUGAGUCAGCUACGGUGCAUGUCUACGCUGUGGCGCCAACUCCUAUAAAGGACCCAGCGGUGCUUCUGAGUUCCGCAUUUGGUCUGCGCGAGAGAAGUGACUACCUUCAGCCAUCACUGGGCUCCAUUAUUGGCGAGACACUCGUGCAUGCGAAGGCAGCCAAAUCGUCGGCCAAGCAGGCCGAUCCGAAACUGGAGCCGGGCAUGGGAGAGAAGUCGGAGAGGAAGGAGGUGGCCAAGCCGGGGCAGACAACAGAGGUGGCCAAACCCACUGUCAAGAAGGAGGUGACACCACCGAGGCAAAAGCCUUCGGGAUCCCGGAGCAAGCGCCGUGUCAUUGCUUCGGACAGCGAAGAGGAAGAACCGAUCGAAGCCUCGGAACCACGAAAGGCCCCGCUGCAGCAAACAUCGUCGAUGGUGCGUGCGGACGAUCAGGCCGCGAUGGAGGCAAUGAUGGCCAUGGAUGUAGACCUCGACGAGGAGAGUGAAGUUACUCAGUCGGCGCCGACGACUGUCGCCGAGCCCGACAAGGCCUGUCGUGAUGAGAGCAAGAAGAGGAAACGUCGUCGAGUCAAGAAGUCGCGGACGACGAAAGACGCCAAAGGGUAUAUGGUCACCACAGACUACUGGACUGAAGAGUCAUGCUCGGGCACCGAAACAGAUACAGAGAGUUCGUCCAAAACAGCUGCUCCUCCAAAGGCGGCUCCCCGCAAGAGUACGGAGCCAUCGCGUACCAGUUCAAGCACUUCGGCUGCAGGGUCGGGCCGGCCCAAGGCUCCGUCUAAGAAGGUUUCGAUGGGUCAGAGCACUUUGGCAGGCUUCUUCAAGAAAAAGUAGAGAGCCUACUUACGACUGCAUGCGUGGAGGCGUGCAUGACGCGCCCCAAAGUGUGUAAUCGUCUCGCCGCGUCUGGAUGGCAUGGAUGAUGU